AUGCGGCCGGCACGGCAGAGCGGCGCCAGCCCCGGCAGCGCCCCGCCGCUUUCCCGCCCGUGUCAGCGCGCCGCCGGUGACCCCCGCGGCUCCCGACCCGCCCGGCGCAGCCCCGCAGAGACCCCCCGGGCUGGGGACGGGGACGGUCCCGGACCCGGUGCCGGUGCCCGCCCCCCGCCCCCCGCCUCGGGACGUGGCUCCGAGCGCCCCGGCCCCGCCCCCCCGGCGGCGCGGGCGGCGGAAGCGCGCGGCGGGCGGCGGCGCGGGAUGGACCCGCCAGCCAAGGAGGGGUCGCUGCUCGUGCAGCACAGCCACAAGUUCGGCACCAAGAGGUGGAAGCGGAGCUGGUUCGUGCUGUACCCUGCCAGCCAGCACGGCGUCGCCCGCCUGGAGUUCUUCGACUGCAAGGAGCCGUCGGCGCCGCCCGAGCGGCUGGGCACCCGGCGGCUGGACAAGACGGUGGUGCGGCUGGCCGACUGCACCAGCGUGGGCCCCGUGGCCGAGAGCGGCCCCCGGGCCGGCACGGCCGUCUUCCGCCUGGAGACCAGCGACAGGAGCUACCUCUUCGCGGCUGACAAGCAGCAGAGUGAGGAGUGGGUGGCGAAGCUGUGCGAGAUCGCCUUCCCGGGAAAUGGCCCCAGUGAUGCUGGCGUGGCAGCUCGGCGUGUCAGAGAGGACAGCAGGGACGCACCAGCCCUGGAGAUGGCGGUGAACUCCAUCUACUACUCGAGAGACGAAGUGAACGCUUUCUGGGUGACGGUGCAACGGACUGAGGCUGCGGAGCGAUGUGAGCUGCGCGGCACCUACAUUCUCAAGGCUGAGCGUGACAGUCUCGUCCUGAAGGACCCACGGACAAAUGAGAUCCUCUAUGUCUGGCCGUACCGGCUGCUUCGGAGAUAUGGUCGGGACAAGGUGAUGUUCUCCUUCGAAGCUGGCAGGCGCUGUGACUCCGGCCCAGGGAACUUCACUUUUGAGACCAAGCAGGGCAACGAGAUCUUCCGCCUGGUGGAAGCCUCCAUCCGGGAGCAGAAAGCGCAGGUGGAGGAGAACCGGCAAAGCUGCGACUCACUGGAUGCAGACAGCCCCAGCAUGGUGCUGAUCCGCCAGGCCCUGGCCGACUCCCUGACCCUGGAGCUGCCCGCAGAGGGGGAUGAUGCCCUGGCACCCAAAGUGGGACUGGCGCCCCGGCCCAGCGCAGUGCCAGAGGAGAGAGACGUCACGUCUCUGCUGAAGACCCGGACUCUUCCAGAGCUCCCUGUGCUGCAGGCCAAGCCCGUGGUCCUGAGCACACCCCCACGCUCCCCUCUGCCAAAGGUGCCCCACGCCGUGCUGCUGGCUGAGGACCUGUCCAGCGUGUACUCGGAGCCCCUGGACUCGGUGAAGGGCUGCCGGCCCUGGCUGGACCCGCUGUACUCAGACCCCAUAGACACCAAGCCUGCGAGUGGGGCCAAGGCACCCAGCAGUGCCUCGGAUGAGACGAAGCCCCGGCUGCCAGCGCCGCUGUACUCGGGCAUGUACGACCAGGUCCAGGCUGAGGGACGCAGCCAGACCCCUGCAGUGCCCGGGCGGAGGGAACACAUCUAUGAUGAGCCCGAGGGUCGUGCUCCCCGCUCGCUGCCCGCCCCCACCUGCAUCUACGACGAAGCACGGCCCACGGGCGAGGCCUGGCGCACCCAGGGCCACGACGGCAGGGGCGGCUACGAGUAUCCCUACAACCCCAGCACGGACGACUAUUCGGUACCUGCCUUCCAGGCCAAGGCCAAGGGCCCCAAGCCGGUGCCUGCCCCCAAGCCCCAGGCAGCCUUUAUCCCUAAAAGCGCUGAGAAGAGUGGGGACCCUGGCAGGCGGCGAGGGAAUGCAGCUCCUGAGAAGGUGGUUGUCAAACCCAGCCUCAACAGCAGCAACAACAACAACAACAUGGAGGUGCUGUACAGCCAGGUGGUGAGGCCCCGGCAUGGGCAGAAGAAGGAGCAGUCUGUGGAUGAGUGCAGCUUGUCGCCUGUCUACGAGGACUUAGGAGAGAUAUAGGGUGCUGCUGCUCUGUACCUGCCCAGGAGGGGCUGGGGGGCCCAGGCCCAUUCGUGAACAGUGCUGGCUGCUGUCCUCCGUGGGUCCUGGGGGUGGCUUGUGGUUGCGGACUGUUCUGGCUCAGGCAGAGCCCCUCUUGUUCACCAGCACUGAGGGGCUGCGUUUCCCCGGAGGCCCUUUCCAUAGCAAGAGCAAGAUACCUGUGGCUGGUGCGGGUGCCAGCACGCUUCUCAAGCUCUGGAGCUGGCUCCACUGCCACCUCAUCUGCAGGAGGGCUGGCUCUGUCACCCUGUGCCUGCUUCUCUUGGCUCUGCUCUGGCUCCCUCUCUGACAAGGCUGCAGGGCUGGGAUGCCUGUUGUGGUGCAUGGGAGACUGCUGUCAGUCUCCAAAAGUAUUUUUAUACAAAAUUAUUUUAAUAUUAAAAGCUGUCUUAGAAUGAAA